AUGGGGCGGUACAGGGUUAUAUGGGAUUGUGGGGGGCUAUGUGGGGCUGUGUGGGGGGAUAUAUGGAGCUGUAUGGGAUCGUACGGGGCUGUACAGGCUUGUGUGGGGUUAUAUGGGGCUGUACGGGGCUGUGUGGAGUUAUAUGGGGCUCUGGGGAUUAUAGGAGGCUGUGUGGGGUUAUACGGGGCUGUACAGGGUUAUGUGGGAUUGUAGGGGGCUACGUGGGGCUGUCUGGGGCUAUAUGGGGUUGUAUGGGACUGCGUGGGGUUACAUGGGGCUGUAGGGGAUUGUAGGAGACUGUAUGGGGCGGUACAGGGUUAUAUAGGGUUGUAGGGGGCUGUGCGUGGGGUUAUACGGGGCUGUACAGGGUUAUAUGGGGUUGUAUUGGGCUGUGUAGGGCUAUAGGGAGCUAUGUGGGGCUGUAUGGGACUGUGGGGUUAUAUGAGGGGCCGUAUGUGAGGAUAUAGGGGUCUGUGUGGGGCUAUAUGGGGCUGUAGGGGCUUGUGUGGGUCUGUAUAGGGCUGUACGGGGUUAUAUGGGACUGUGUGGGGCUGUACGGGCUUAUGUGGGGCUGUAUGGGCAUUUCCUGGGCUGUGGGGUUAUAUGGGGCUGGGGGUUCGUGUAUGGGGCUCUAUGGGGCUGUGUGUGUGUAUGGGGCUGUAUGGGUUCGUGUGGGGCUGUGUGCACGGGGAGCAGUCUGGGACUGGGCUAUAUUUAUGGGGCAAUGCGGGGCUUUGUGCUCCAGGAGCAGUAUAGGGCCUGAGCCCUAUGGGGCUGCGUGCACGGAGCAGCCCGCGGCCAUACAGGGCUGGGUGGGGGCUGCUCAGGGCAGAGGCCAUACAGAGGCUGAGCGAGGACAUGGGGGGCCAUACAGCACACACGGGGAGCUUUAUAGGGUCAGGGCUGCAGCGCAGCCCCCAACUCUCCCCUUUUCCUUUCCAGCCACCCCGAGGCGAGAGCAGGCGGCCGAGCGCUCGGGGCAGCGCCGGGGCGGAGAGGAGGGGGCCCUACCUGCUCUGCCGGGCCCCCCCCGGCCACCCCAAGCUCCAGCGGCCGCGGGAGCCGGCGAAGGCGGCGCCGCGAUGGCACGGGCUGCUGGGGGCUAAAAGCGACGGGGAGCUGGAAUCCAGGGGCUCCUCCGGAUACUCCUCCGCCGAGGUGAACCAGGAGCUGAGCCGGCAGCUGCUGCGGGACGGCUACCACCUGGACGAGGUCCCCGACGACGAGGACCUGGACCUGAUUCCCCCAAAACCCGCUGCUGCCCCGUGCCCCUGGUGCUUCGGGGACUCCCUCUGCUGCGUGCUGCAGUAGGGCACGGCUCCCCACGGCCCUCGGGGGCACCCCAAAAGCCUCCGUGUCGCACGGGGCAGCUCCCUGCUGGGAGCCCCGCUGCUGCUCAGGACGGGACCACGGCCUCCCCAUUAUGAUUUCUCCACCCCGGGGCCGUUCCGGUCUCACCAGCUGCCUUAAAUCAGGGUCCUGCUGCCCUAAAUCAGGGUCCUGCUGCCCUACAGGGACAGGGGGCACGCAGGGAGGAACCUUAUUUAAACACUCCACCCGGAGAGGGACGCUCUCCCGUUUGGUGUCCUGGCAAGGGAAGCGCUCAAUAAAAGGAUCUUGCUACUC